ACCUGCCUCCCCUCCCCGGGUGCCUCCCCGGGAGCCCCUGUCCCCUCAAAGCUCAAGGACCCCCAGUCCCCUGGUGCCCCGUGGCAGCUCCCCGCUGCCACCCCGGCUCUCGAGUUCACCUGGGAAGACCAUGCCCACCACCCAGAGCUUUGCCUCAGACCCCAAGUACGCCACACCCCAGGUGAUCCAGGCACCUGGUCCUCGGGCUGGUCCCUGCAUCCUGCCCAUCGUCCGCGACGGCAAGAAGGUCAGCAAUACCCACUACUACCUGCUGCCUGAGCGCCCGCCCUACCUGGAGCGCUACCAGCGCUUCUUGCGUGAGGCACAGAGCCCCGAAGAACCCACCCCCUUGCCUGUGCCCCUGCUGCCCCCACCCAGCACUCCAGCCCCUGCCGCCCCCACUGCCACUGUUCGGCCCAUGCCCCAGGCUGCUCCAGAUCCCAAGGCCAACUUCUCCACCAACAACAGCAAUCCAGGGGUCCGGCCGCCAGCCCUGAGGGCCACCGCUUGGCUGUCACAGAGGGGCUGCCCAGGGGACGGGCCAGAGGCUGUACGGCCAACAGAUAAGAUCCAGAUGCUGCAGGCCAUGGUGCAUGGGGUGACCACAGAGGAGUGCCAGGCGGCCCUGCAGAGCCACAGCUGGAACGUGCAAAGGGCUGCCCAGUAUCUGAAGGUGGAGCAGCUUUUUGGGUUGGGUCUGCGGCCGCGAGGCGAGUGCCACAAAGUGCUGGAGAUGUUCGACUGGAACCUAGAGCAAGCCGGCUGCCACCUUCUGGGCUCCUGUGGCCCUGCCCACCACAAGUGAGUGAGCCCCGUACCCUGUCACCUUCCUGUUCCCCGAGGGUGUCCACAGCCACACACAGCCAGGAGACACGGGCUCCCCAGCUGGG